ACCUCUCCCUUCAAAUAACUCUUCACAUGAAGUAGCACACAGCAGGAUGAAGCAGCAGGACUUGAACAGGAUCGUAAAAUCCCAGCCAGGUUACACCACUGGCAGUCAGUGAUUUGGCAGAUACUGGAUUUUGGGCAACAAAUAUGCGCCUUGAUUCUUUCCUACACACCUGAAGGCCAAAACAAAAUCAAUUAAGUCCAUUAAAAGAAGCCUGAAAGAAAGGUCAGCUCUUUUUUCUGUUCAUUAAACUGGACAUUUACAGGCGGAUUAGUUAUUAGAAUUAAUAAAACACUAGAAGAGUGACAAAGAGCUAGGCAAGUAGCUAAACCAAUGAAAAGGCUUGGCUUGGAAAUACUGCUGAAAAACAACAACUUCCCAAAAACUGCGGUCACUGAAAGGUGUGUUUUCAUUCUAAUGGAAAUCUAAUUAUCUUCUAAGCCUGUUUGUAACUCUCCUUGUUGAAGAACUUUAAGACAGAGCUGGAGGUGACAUGUCCUUCAGAUAAAGGCUAUCAUGAAGGGCUGUGUCAGGUUCCUUGCGGGUGUGCUGAGCUCCUGUUGGACAUUAGUCAGGGUUCCAGUGAAUGGAGCUCCAUAACAAGGACCUCUGAUGUCUACGCUGCUGCUGGUCUGUGCGCUCCUGUACUCAGGGAUGAGAAGUGGCCUUGCUGGAGGAUGGAAACCAUGCACAGAUUUGUUACCACUGGAUUUCCUCUCCAGGGUUCUGCCUGCUGGUGGAAUGGCCCUCAGUGGGGUGAGAAUGGUUCAAGACCAGGGAGCCCGGGGCCUUCAGUUUAUGGCUCCUCACCAGGCCCUUAGUUUCCCUGCUUCCCAGCUCUUCAUCAACUGUGACUACUUUCCGGAGGAGUUCUCCAUUGUCACAACACUGAAAAUAUCAAGAAUUGCCUCAAAGAAAAAUGAAUACCUUUUCAGUGUAGUAGAGGAAGACUCCAACAGCCUGCUACUGGGACUUCGCUACUCUCAGGAUAAGCUGCACUUUUUGUUCUCAAACUACAGAAAGAGGAAACGAAUCUCCUUCAGAUCAAUGCGGCUGGCUGACAACCAGUGGCACACUCUCAUUUUAGCAGUUUCUGGGUACUACGCAUCUCUCACAGUGGACUGUGGCAUGCCCAUCGACUUGUUCUUUGACAAGCCAUUCCCCUCAUCUCUGAGCACAAAGGGCUCCAGGUUCUACAUUGGCAAUAGGAGACGAUGGAAAGGAUUAUUUUCAGGGUUGCUGCGACAGCUGGUUCUGUUGCCUGGAUCUGAUGCUACCUCAAGAAUCUGCCCCUCCUUACAUCCCCAGCUUGCCAUCCUCUCUGUUCCCCAAGCCCUGCUCGACCUACCAGCCAAACCCUCCGGAAAUGAAGUCUUGAAGUACCCGUAUGAAGCUGAAUUGCGAGUAACUGUGGGGUCUCGUCCUCCCUGCACAAAGAUGGAAAUGGGCCAGCUGUGGUUUGACACUCUGAAGAGAGGACUCUACACGUGUGACAGCCGGGACUGGAUCGCCAUGUUUCAAGAAAAAGAGAGAUUGGACUAUGUGGAGGAUUAUCAGGAUCUAUACACCAAUUCUGAAACCCUUGAUAUCGAGGUGUUUGAAAUCCCAUCUGUAGGACUGUUUGUAGCAACAGCCAAUCGGAAGCACUAUCCAGGUUCUGGGAUCUAUAAAUGGACUAAUGGCAAGUUUGAACCCUACCAAUACAUUACAACAUAUGAAGCACAAGCCUGGAAACAUUUUACUGUUGAUGACAAGGUUUUCUUAGUUAUUGCCAACUUCAAGAAGAAUGAAAGGAACCAGGAGCACUCAGUGAUUUACAUAUGGAGCCAAAGGAAGCUGAAGUUCAUUGUGUACCAGACCCUGGAGACCCACGGUGCCAGAGACUGGGAGGCCUUUCACAUUGAAGGGGAGACCUUUCUUGCUGUGGCAAAUCACAUACAAGGAGACAAUCACAACAUACAGAGUGUCAUUUAUAAGUGGAACCCAGCUACCCAGCUCUUCGAAGCCAACCAGACCAUCUCUACAUCUGGAGCCUAUGACUGGGAGUUUUUCACUGUCGGGCCUUUCUCCUUUCUGGCUGUGGCAAACACCUUCAAUGGGAUAUCUACUCACAUAGAUUCGAAAAUUUAUGUCUGGUUUGGUGGGAAGUUUCAACAUUUUCAGUCGAUUACCACUGAUGGAGCUACUGACUGGGAGGUCUUCAAGAUUGGGGACAGAAUCUUUCUUGCUGUGGCCAACAGUCAGAAAUAUGAUGAGGCUGGACCUGGUUCUUAUGCCAUCAACUCGACCAUCUAUGAGCUCAACAUGACUGCACAGCUUUUCGUCAAAUUUCAGGACAUUACAACCUACAGUGCUGUUGAUUGGGAAUUCUUUACACUAGGAGAAGACAAGUUCCUGGUUGUAGCAAAUUCAUUUGAUGGGACAUCCUUCUCUGUAAACAGUGUUAUAUACAGAAAUCUAGCUUCAAUCACAAAGGGGGACUGAAACUUCCAUGAAGAAUUUUAAAAUUAUUUAGGAGCAUUCCACAGAACUGAGACAAUCAAUACUGUAUGUAUUAGAUUUGAAACUCAAUUGCUAGACCAAAGACUAAACUUACCCAAACAAAUACUACCGUCUUAGCCGUGUUGUCAUUUCUAUUAUAUUAAAUGAUAUGCACUGUUUACUCCCCCCAGAAAAAAUAAAUAAUUCAAAAGCCUGUGGCUGAUAUAAAAAAGAAGGUAUAAUAUAAGAUUGCAGAGAAUAUUUUUACUUUGGUGCUAUAGGCCGUCUCGUACAUUUUCAAUGUCUUUGCAGGCUGUUGUUUUGAACACUUGAAAUGUUGGUGCUAUAUCUGUUUGAAGACAUUCAUUAAUGUAGCAACAAAAAUUACAUAAAAUCUUUGUAUUUCUCUUUAACAAAGAAAUGUCUCUAUUGAAAUGCUUCUGAUGGAGUUUAUGAAAUGUAUUAAUUUCUAUUGUUUUUUAUAUUGUUAUCCUGUGUUGAAUCAUGUUCCUACAGUACCAUCCUUUACUCCAUUUACCCUUGCCUUGCAAUUUUAAAACAAGGUUUACUGUUACAUUUUUCCGGAAGAAGAUGCUAGAUGUUUAGAAACCAACCUUCAAUAAGCUCAAUGGGAUAUGUAGCUUCAGAACUACUGUAAGAGCUUUAUUCUUCUUGUGUGUAAGCUCUGACUUCUCUCUUGCUCAGUAUGUUUCUAGGGUAUUUGGAGAAGGAGAGUUGUAAUUGUUCUCUAGGCCAAACUAGGCUGACAUUUAUAUGAUUUCUGUCAGCCUUUUUGGGAACAAGAAGCUGGAGAUCUAAAUAACAUAAAUCAUAGAUGUGUUUUUUUUUUUUGUUCUUGUAAGCUAGUCUGAAAUUUGUAAACCCUUUAAGACCUUUACAGUCUGUUCUGUAAAAUAAUAUUAAAUAAUUUCUGAAGCUGAAGACUGUACUUAAACUAUAUUGUAGUUUUCUUCUAACAUGCUUUAAAAAAAACAAACAAACACUGAAGUAUAUUUAAGAUUAUAACUAUAUGCAGCAUUUAUUUAGAGGUAUAUGUUUUUUUUCCACAAUUGAUAAUUGAAAUUACCUACUCUCACAGUUCCUCAUUAUAGAAUAUAUAAGCCAUCUGUUUUGAAGUGGCAAUUUACAACAGUUCAAAUACAAUUGUAUAGUAAUUAUUUUAGGAACUAUUAAAAGGAUAAUAAUUGAGAUCACAUAGG